GUUACUUGUGAAGCGUAAAAAACGUCGACAAGAAAGGUUAGAAAACGAAAAAACAAAAAACAUAAAUAGAGCAUUGUGUCAACCUUAUAAACGUGUCAAGAUGAGUUGUAGUAAUGAAGUGAUGGUCUUUAAUAUUAUGGUUAAUGACGACAAACUCAGUAAUGGGCACGAAUAUGAUAGUGGAUAUGAAUAUGGUUUUGGGCACAAAUAUAGUGUUGGGAACGAAUACAGUAUUGGGAACAAAUACAGUAUUGGGAACGAAUAUCGAUAUGAUAAUGAACACGAAUAUGGUAUUGGUCACGAAUAUGGCAUCAGGCACGAAUAUGGUAGUGAGCACGAAUAUAGUAUCGGUAUUGGGCACGAAUAUGGUAGUGGGCACAAAUAUAGUAUCGGUAUUGGGCACGAAUAUGGUAUUGGGCACAAAUAUGGUAAUGGGCACAAAUAUAGUAGUUUGAACGAACAUGAUG